CAUUUCUACUGUUAAUUCCCGUGAUUCUACACAAAAUAAAAGAAAUCCCUACCCAACGUUUUAAAUCCAACGACAACGAAUCAGAUUCAUCUGAUUCAGGUUGCCUUGAAUAUUUAUCGUUGCUCGUUCAGUAUAGCUGAAAGUUGACUGUCAGUCUGUAACUGGCUUCCUGGCGUCGAAGUUAGUGUACACAUUUUGUACAAACGAGACUUAUCAGUGAUUUCGUUGCAUAUACAUUCGACCUACAUCGAUUAUCCGCGAGCCUACUUCUGGUUCUCUAGUUCCAUUGAUCGAGAUAAUUUUACGUAUUCAUUAAAUCCUCUGACGCUGUGCAAUUGCCGAGAAUUUUAAUAAAAUGUACACAUUAAGUCGAUUACACCAUAUCUCAUCAUUUCUGAUGUACAUAUUCACAUUAUACGAGGGAUUUUUGAUAAAAAUACCUUUGCUUAGCAAAAAGAUUCCAAUUAGUGACUUUGAUCCAGGAGCAGUUAAGUUCUUGACAAUGUGGAACGUGAUAAGUCUGAAAGCAAUCUUCGACCGCAAAAAUUUACGCGCAUUCCGUCUGCGCAGAAGAGCAUCAACUGCACUUUAUCUCUGUCUUCUGAUGAAUCUCUAUGUCUGUAUUUUCGUCUAUUCGUCAGUAGUCAGUACGUUGCAGAUCGUCGGCGCGGUCGAUACUAUUAGUGCUGUCUGUACAUGUGACCGAGAGAAGCCGUGUAAUCACGAGAAAUUGUUCGAAUAUUUAAAAAACACGAUAAUAAUAAGAUAUCGUAGCACUGAUCAAACUACUUUGAUUCAUCGGCACUACAUAAACGGAAAUUUAACUAUGCGAGACGGUCUACUGAUUGGAUUUCACGUGAUCUCCUGUGUGCAAUUCGCAUUCUCUGUGUAUUAUGAUUACAUGUACACUAUAGUUCCUCCGAAUGUACUCAAAGUACACAACGGCUACGGCGGGAAAUUCAAGUUUCUCACUUUCUGGGACGCGAUUAUUCAAGCAAUAUUUUUCUUCAUAUGCAUUUUGAAUGAUUGGUUUGGUACAAAUGCAGUUAGUCCUAAAAAACCGCCCUUUAUACGCAAACUCAAGGAUCAUAUCCACUCGAUUCUUGGUUUCCCGAUUGCUAUGUUUGUUGGAAUAAUAUUCUGGGCUUUAAUGUUUGUGGACCGAGAGUUGGUAUUCCCAAAGGCGCUGGAUUCAUACUUUCCAUGGUGGUUGAAUCAUUUGAUGCACACGAUGAUCAUGGUUUCUACUUUUAUAGAAAUGAUAUUAUCCCCUAGAAAAUAUCCAUCGAGAUCGGUGCAUAUAAUUUUCUACAAGAGCGGUAUCUGGGUCUACCCAGUUCUAGAAGUACUGUCGUUGCCGUUACGAAUUGUAUUCUUCACUGUACUCCUCUCGAUCACCUUGAUCUUGUACAUGAUCGGGGAAGCAGUGGACAACUUCUUUUGGGGUAACGAAUAUACUAAAAGCCAAAAAUCUUACGCCAAGAGCAAAUAGCCUCACCUAUGGUGAUUAGCUGCGCUGACUUCGGUUAUACAUUUAGCCUCCGCUAAGGUGGUGGUGAAUAAAAAAUAAAAACCAAUUUUCUACCUCCUCCUUCUCCUAUUGUCCUUCUCCCCACUUGUCCUACGUUACAGCAUGCACGUGUAUCACGCCAACGAAUGAAUCUUUCUUUCGAAAAUUCUUAAACAAAAACAUAAAACAAUAAUAUGUGCAUGCAGAAAAAGGAGCGCAUUUCUUUCUUUUUUUUAUCCGAAAUCAGAAAGCACGAGGAGAACGCGGUCGUUAAUAACUUGUUCACUCGAAGAGGGUUACGUAACUGGAGCAUGUAGAUGAGACUUUUUCUCUCGUGUGGUUUGUGUCAUAUAUAUAUAUAUAUAAAAGAAGGGAAGACUAAUUGUAACGAUUAUAUCGCACACUCUGAUGCCUAAUAUUCAUGGUGUAAAUGUAAAUUAAAAAUUGGAAAGAAAUGGCAAGAAAAAAAAAAAAAAAAAAAA